GUCACUCGGGAGUCCCGAGACGAAACACACGCGCCUCACAUUCUAACCGACGCAAUGUCCUCUCCUGCGUGUGGAUACCAGCUCGGGUUGCUGCUUUGUAUUCUGCUGAAGAACUGUAACGCUGUUAAGAACGGCGACACCGAGAUGCUGAACGGCCACAUCCUCCCGCCGGUGCACGAGACACCGACAAACGUAUCUCUGAACAGAGCGAGAAACGGAGGCAGGAGCUUGGACACAAGCGCAAAACUGGACCAGACUCAGGUGGGCUGCCGAGAGCUUCGCUCCACUAAGUACAUCUCGGACGGCCAGUGCACGAGCCUGACUGCGGUGAAGGAGCUGGUGUGUGCGGGCGAGUGCCUGCCCAACCACCUGCUGCCCAACUGGAUCGGCGCCAGCCUCAGCGGCCGCUACUGGUCCCGGCGAGACACCCAGGAGUGGCGCUGUGUCACCGACCGCACCAGGACCCAGCGCAUCCAGCUGCAGUGCGUGGACGGCAGCUCCCGCACCUACAAGAUCCAGGCGGUGACCUCCUGCAAGUGCAAGCGCUACUCGCGGCAGCACAACGACUCCGUGCACCAGACGGACACCUCCAGUCAGGCGCAGGCGGCGCCAGAUGGGCCGAAGAAGAGGAGGAACAAGAACAAGAAACAGAACCAGAAACAGGGGAAGAGCACACGCAGACCCAUUCAGGACAAGGCCCAUGCCCAACACUGAGCACUGCCAACCCCCUCCACCUUUCAGGCCCCUCUCCCCCUACUGCCCUCCCCUCCUUCUGGGGUUAGCGGUUAGCUAGCUUCAUAUCCCACAGCCCUGAUGGUACCUUGAGUUCGAGGUUAGCUACAGUAGCUUCAUAUCCCACAGCCCUGACGGUACCUGGGGUUAGAGGUUAGCUAGCUUCAUAUCCCACAGCCCUGACGGUACCUGGGGUUAGAGGUUAGCUAGCUUCAUAUCUCACAGCCCUGAUGGUACCUGGGGUAAGAGGUUAGCUAGUUAAUAUCCCACAGCCCUGACUGUCUCGGGGGCUAGCUAGCUCCAUCUCCAUCACUGUCUAUAGGGUUAGUGGUUAGCUAGCUCCAUCUUCAUCAGCCCUGAUCGUAUCUGGAGUUAGCAAUUAGCGGUAAGCGCCAUCUCCCACAGCCCUGACGGUAUCUGGGGUUAGAGGUUAGUGCCAUCUCCCACAGCCCUGAAGCUAUGUGGGGUUAACAGUUAGCGCCAUCUCCCACAGCCCUGACAGUAUCUGGGGUUAGCGGUUAGCUAGCUCCAUCUCCCUCUUCUGCCUGUGGACUAUAAGGCUUCCUCUCUUAGUGCAGCUGGUUUGCCAGAUAAAGACUUUUUUCUCUGAUUCCUGAUGGUGUGUCAAUGUGUGUGUAUGUGUGUUAGCUGACUUAAUGAAAGGGGAGGUGUGUAUACGCGCGAGGAGAGAGAACUGUUUCAUCUCGGUUCAUGUUGCAUCCACCGUGUAAGGAGAGAGGUGAGAGUGGGCGGGCGGUUGGUUUGAACCUCAGCCAAUCCCAGCUGAGGUUUGGAGGUGAGAGUGGGCGGGAGGUUUGAACCUCAGCCAAUCCCAGCUGUUUGGAGCCAAGACGAGACCAUCACAGCAGGGAUCUGUAACUAUGCAGCCUCAUGUACUGGGUGCCCACUGCCUCAUUGUCUUACCAAAGGUUCACAUGUUCAUAUAUAUACAUACAUACAUACAUACAUACAUACAUAUAUAUGUUUCUGAUCGUAAAUAAUACCAAGACAAUAUAAUAUAUUUUUUUGCAAGACUGCAACUUUGUACAAUCUUUCUAUUCUAUAUGUUUUAUACUCUUUAGCCCUUAGAUUGCACAGAAACUAUAUUUAAUAGGCAUCUAUCCAUAUUAAAAAUGCGUGCAGUGAAGACUGCAAUAAACAUUGA